AUGAUCAAAAUGAUCAUUGCUCCAUUAGUGUUCGCCACGUUGGUUGGCGGCAUUGCCAGUAUGGGCAACUCUCGCUCUGUAGGUCGAAUUGGAAUGCGGGCCAUGGCAUGGUUCGUAACGGCUUCGGUGAUCUCGCUGUUGAUCGGCAUGGUGCUGGUGAAUCUGUUUCAGCCUGGCGCGGGGCUCAACAUGGAGGUCACUCAGCAUGCGGCAGCUCCAGUAGCCGUCAACACCGGCGAUUUCAGUCUCAAGGUUUUUAUUAGCCACGUAUUUCCUCGUAGCAUUGCCGAGGCCAUGGCUAACAACGAGAUCUUGCAAAUAGUCGUCUUCUCACUGUUUUUUGGCUUUGCGUUGGCGGGCGUCAAACGUGCCGGCUACACAAAGAUCACCGACAGCAUUGAAGAGCUUGCGAAGGUGAUGUUCAAGAUCACCGACUACGUGAUGGCCCUGGCACCUAUAGGCGUCUUUGCAGCAAUCGCUGCGGCCAUCACCACUCAAGGCCUUGGUCUGUUAGUCGAUUACGGCAAACUGAUUGCUGAAUUCUACUUAGGCAUUGCAAUCCUCUGGGCCGUUUUGUUCGGUGCGGGGUAUCUUUUCCUGGGUCGUUCUGUGUUCACUCUCGGCAAGCUGAUUCGUGAGCCUAUCCUGUUGGCAUUCUCGACCUCCAGUAGCGAAGCUGCUUAUCCAAAAACCAUGGAGGCUUUGGAGAAGUUUGGUGCACCUAAGCGCGUAACCAGUUUCGUCCUUCCUUUGGGAUACUCAUUCAACCUCGACGGUUCGAUGAUGUAUCAAGCCUUCGCGAUUAUGUUUAUCGCACAGGCUUACAACAUCCACCUGAGCUUGACGCAGCAGUUGCUGAUCUUGCUGACACUCAUGGUUACCAGCAAGGGAAUGGCGGGUGUAGCCCGAGCUUCGGUGGUGGUAGUUGCAGCGACAUUGCCAAUGUUCAACCUACCUGAAGCCGGCAUUUUACUGAUCUUGGGCAUUGACCAGUUCCUCGAUAUGGCGAGGACUGCUACCAACGUCGUUGGCAAUAGCAUCGCGACGGCUGUAGUUGCUAAAUCAGAACCUUAUGAGGAGCCGGAGGACGCCACUCAUGCCGACUAUCCCACCUCAAAUCACACUCUGAGCCCAGCC